AUGGCGGGGGGGACGCUGAACGUGGCGGCGGUGACGGCGGAGCUGAGAUCCACCUUCGCCGCCGGCAAGACCCGGACUUUCCAGUGGCGGGUUUCGCAGCUGAAGGCCCUUCUGAAAAUGGCCACCCAACAUGAGGGGGAAAUAGUCCGAGCUUUGCGUGCUGAUCUCAACAAGCCGGAACUUGAAGCUUUCGCUCAUGAGAUUAACCAGGUGCAAGCUACAUGCCGACAGGCAUUGAAGGAAUUAAACUGUUGGAUGAAGCCUAAAAAGGUGAGAACUUCACUUCUCAGUUUUCCUUCAUCAGCUGAAAUAGUACCCGAGCCUCUGGGUCUUGUGUUGGUCAUCUCAACUUGGAACUUUCCCUUUCUUUUGUCGGUUGCUCCAGUCAUAGGUGCGAUAGCAGCCGGCAACACUGUAGUCUUGAAGCCAUCUGAGGUGGCCCCGGCAACAUCCUCGUUACUCGCAAAGCUUCUCGGAGAGUAUCUCGACACAUCAGCGGUAAAAGUUGUCGAGGGUGCCGUGCCAGAAGCAACUGCAUUGCUCGAGCAAAAAUGGGACAAGAUAUUUUAUACGGGGAACGGGAAGGUGGGGAGGGUCGUAUUAGCUGCUGCUGCAAAGCAUCUUACUCCCGUUGUUUUGGAGCUUGGCGGGAAAUCUCCUGUGGUGGUUGACACAGACAUUAAUCUGAAGGUUGCUGCGAAACGGAUAAUUUGGGGCAAGUGGGCAUGCAACAAUGGACAAACCUGUAUUUCACCUGAUUAUGUAAUAACUACAAAAGAGUAUGCUUGUAAAGUGGUGGAUGCUUUGAAAGCUGAACUUGAGAAAUUUUACGGAAAGGAUCCGAUUGGAUCUAAGGACUUAUCGAGCAUUGUAAAUACGCACCAUUUUGACCGUGUGUCAAAGUUAUUAGAAGAUGAUAAGGUUUAUGGGACAAUCGUCUGUGGAGGUCAACAGGAUAGAACCAAUCUCAAGAUUGCUCCAACUAUCUUAUUGGAUGUUCCAGAAGAUUCUCUGAUCAUGAACGAGGAGAUUUUCGGUCCCUUACUUCCCAUUAUAACGGUUAAUAAAAUCGACGAAUGCUUUCGUUUGAUCAAUGGCAAAGAGAGGCCACUCGCUGCGUAUCUUUUUACAAACAACAAGAAGCUAAAGGAAGAGUUCAUAGGAAACAUCCUGGCUGGGGGUAUGACGAUUAACGACACUGUUUUACACUUUUCAGAAAACGGUUUGCCGUUUGGAGGUGUAGGAGAAAGCGGCAUGGGGGCUUAUCAUGGAAAAUUCUCGUUCGAUGCUUUCAGUCAUAAGAAGGCUGUGUUAAAACGGUGUUUUAUUGGGGAGGUGCCUCAAAGAUACCCGCCUUAUAAUCGAGGGAAAAUGCGAUUUUUCAGGGAGCUCAUUCGGGGCAAUGUAUUUGGUGUGCUUGGAGCUAUGGCUUCAAGUAUAUGCGGAUGA